CAAACUUUGAAUGUUUAUUUUUUUUCCUAGUUUUUGUUUUUUUUUUCUUUAACAUAAGAAGUAUUGAUAACUAUGCCUGUUUCAAAUAAUGAUGAACCUUACUACUGUUCAGAACAAAUUAAAAUACCUCUUGACUUGCCUGACAUUAUGAAAGAAUUCACUAAAGCUGCAAUUCGUACCCAACCUAAAGAUAUACUAGGAUGGUCAACUUCAUAUUUCGUUGCUCUUUAUAAUGGAGAGGAACCUCCUGUGAAAGAAAGAUAUGAAAUUCCAAUGGCUACACAGAAAACUGAUUCAGGUUUAACAAUAGGUAUUUUGAAGAUCUUUCAUAAACAGCUUUCUAGUUUUGUCGAUGUUACUAGACAAAUAAUUGAAGAAAAAUGGGAAGCACUGUCCCUUCCAAAAGAACUUCUGGAUGAAAUACUUCAUGUUGGAAAUUUAAAUGGAAUGUUCAGUUGGAGAGAAUUUCUUGUUAUUGCAGUUGUAACCAUUUCUAUUGAUAUCCAAUCUGCUUUAAAGAACAUAUGUGAUAUCAUAACUGAUGACCCAGAAGGUGGACCAAGUCGAAUACUUUAUAAUGAUUUUGAAUUCUUUUUUAAUCGUUUUAUACAACUGGAUGGAGGAAUUCCAGCAGAAAAUGCAAAAGAACUAAUUGCAUAUUUCAAAAUGACGGCAAAUAAAAAUAAUGGCUUUGUGCAACCAAGUUUUUUCAAAGCCAGUGACUGUCCUACUUGGUCCAUGAAAGACUGAUUUAAU